UCAAGUACUUGCUUUCUCCCACUAUCUAGCUAGUACUUCUUAAAAAUGGUUUCCUCUUCUUGCAUAGCCAUUUUGACCUUUGUUCACCUUAUGUUCAUGGGCACUACCACUGCUCAACUUUCAACAAACUUUUACUCCAAGUCUUGCCCUAGGCUCUUCUCCACCGUGAAAUCCACCGUGCAUACCGCAAUCAGAAAUGAGCCCCGAAUGGGCGCCUCCCUUCUCCGCCUCCACUUCCACGACUGUUUUGUCAACGGGUGCGAUGGCUCGGUGUUGCUGGAUGACACAUCAAAAUUUACGGGAGAGAAAAAUGCAGCUCCGAAUCAGAAUUCUAUUCGAGGAUUCAAUGUGAUCGAUAACAUCAAGUCUGCAGUUGAGAAUGCGUGCCCCGGCGUGGUUUCAUGCGCUGAUAUUUUAGCCAUUACUGCCAGAGACUCUGUUGCUAUCCUUGGAGGACCAAGUUGGACUGUUAAACUGGGAAGAAGAGAUGCCAGAACUGCCAGCCAAGCCGCUGCUAAUAACAGCAUUCCCCCUCCAACCUCUAACCUCAACCAGCUCAUCUCCAGAUUCAACGCUCUUGGCCUUUCCACCAAUGACAUGGUAGCUUUAUCUGGGUCACAUACAAUUGGGCAAGCAAGGUGCACAAACUUCAGGGCUCGUUUAUACAAUGAGACCAACUUGGAGAGUUCUUUAGCACAAACAAGGCAAUCAAACUGCCCAAGAACCACAGGCUCAGGGGACAACAACUUGGCUCCACUGGAUCUUCAAUCUCCAACAGCCUUCGACAACAACUACUACAAGAACCUUAUCAAGAACAGAGGUCUCCUCCACUCCGAUCAGCAGUUGUUCUUGAAUGGUGGCUCCACUGAUUCCAUAGUGCGUGGCUACAGCACCAGCCAGAGCACCUUCAUUUCUGACUUUGCUGCCGCCAUGAUCAAGAUGGGAGACAUCAACCUGCUCACUGGAUCCAAUGGAGAGAUUAGGAAGAACUGUAGGAAGCCCAAUUAAUAGUAUGCGCACAUCAAUCCUUCAUAGUUCAUAUAAGAAUAUAAAUGGUCUUAGUGAAGAUAUUAUGUUUUAUCAGUAAUUAAGUAAUGUCUUGUGCCGUUAUGUC